AUGUUAUGUCAGACACCGAUUUAUAGAAGAACAUCAGAUGGUUAUGAAUUUAAUAUUAUUUAUACCAAAGAAACAAUUAAGCAUGAUGGUGAGAUUUUGGACAAAGGUAAAGUUAGUCUUGUAGAACUUUACGUUGUAGAUAAAGAGAAAGGAAUUGAUCCAAAGUUUAUAGAUGUUCCAGAUUAUUCUUUAAUGGCGACUUAUAAAGUACAUGAUGACAGUUUAUGGCAAGAAUGCAAAAAUGGCAAACUUCACGGAUUCAGUUUAGCAGGAUAUUUUUCUAUUGAACACAUUAAAAAAGAAAAUUUUAGGAAAACACAUACGAUGCUUGAAGUUAUAAAGAACAAAGUUAAGGAAUUUUUGCUUGAAUUUAGUAAUGUUUCUACAGAUAAAGGUUCAAUUUAUUGGCAAGGUGAAGAUCUUAAAGAAGGUCUUGCAGUUGCAGAUGAAAACGGAGAAGUUAUUGCAGAUGGUGAUUAUACACUUGAUGAUGGUCGUGUAAUUACAGUUAAGGACGGAGUUAUUUCUUCUAUAUCUGCACCAACAGAAGAAAAGCCAGCAGAAGAACCAGAAACUGCACCAGAAGAGAAAGAAACGGAGCAGACAGAAGAAACUACUACAGAAGAAAAAGAAGACGACACGGAGCAAGAAACUGAGCAAGAAACAAGCACAGAAGAAGAGACUACAGAAACUACUGAGGAAACAAAAGAACCAGAAGUUGAAGAGUCUGCAGCACCAGAGUCACAAGCAGAAAAACCAGCAAGUUUUUAUGAACCAGCAAUUGAUGAACUUAAAAAUUCUAUCGGUUUGAUUGAAGGAAAACUUGCAAUAUUAGAAGAAACAGUUAAAACAAUUAAUGAUUCUUUACAAGACAUUAUUUAUAUUACACUUCAGGACGCAGAAGGUUGUGGUUUUGAUCCAGUUGGUUCUCAGACACUUUCACAGCGUUAUAUUGAGCCAAAACUUGUUAAGUUGAACAUGGAAUAUUGUGACAAGAACUUGCUUGGUACAUGGGCACAAUAUCAAGUUAAAAUUGCAGCAGGUAAAGAAGUUCUUCCUUUUGAAGAACAGUUUAUUGGUGAUGUAAUUGCACAUGUAAAUGACGCAGUUGAAAAGACUGUAUGGCAAGGCCAGAAAGCAAAUGCUGGUGAAUUCGACGGUAUUCUUGCAGUUCUUGCAGGUUCUGCACAGACAGCAACUAAAGACGCAACUUCUUAUUGGAAGACACUUCAGAAUGUUUAUUUUGCAAUUCCACAGGAAGCAAAGAAAGAAGAUACUGCUAUCUUCGUUUCACCAGAAUUCUACGAGGCAUGGGUUCAGGAAAUGAUAGAGAAGAACAUGUUCCAUAUUUUCCCAAAUGAUGCAGCAAAUUCAGUUAAACUUCCAGGUACUUCAGUUGAUGUAAUUAAGGUUAAUGGCCUUAGCGGCGCAAACAAGAUUGUUGCUGGUCGCAAGUCUAAUGUUUAUAUUGGUGUUGAUAUGUCUAAUGACAAGGAAACAUUUGAUUUCUGGUAUUCAAAGGACGAUCGUGUAUUCCGCCUUGCAAUUGAGUUCUCUUAUGGUGUUCAGGUUGCAUUCCCAGAUGAAAUGGUUGUAUGUUCACUUUAA